AUGGUGGAUUUUGCCAUCCACGGCGACUUCCCCAAGUACGGCAAUGAUGAUGAUCGAGUGGACUCUCUGGCCGAGUGGCUGGUGAAGCGCUUCUCCCACAUGCUCUCUAAGCAGCACACAUACCGCAACUCCAUUCCCACGCUGUCGGUCUUGACCAUCACCUCCAAUGUGGUGUACGGCAAGAAGACCGGUAGCACUCCCGACGGCCGCAAGAAGGGUGAGCCCUUCGCACCGGGAGCCAACCCCCUGCACGGCCGCGACUCGCACGGCGCUCUGGCGUCCCUCAACUCCGUGGCCAAGCUGCCAUACACCAGCUGCCUGGACGGCAUCUCCAACACCUUCUCCCUAAUUCCUCAGGUUCUCGGUAAGGGAGAAGAGGCAGAGCGCGCUGCUAACCUGUCCUCCAUCCUGGACGGCUACUUCGUAACUGGUGGCCACCACAUCAACGUCAAUGUGCUCAACCGCGCAAUGCUUAUGGACGCCGUGGAGCACCCCGAGAAGUACCCCAACCUCACCAUCCGCGUCUCCGGCUACGCGGUGCACUUUGCCCGACUUACCCGGGAGCAGCAGCUCGAGGUCAUCGCCCGCACCUUCCACGAGACCAUGUAAUAAGUUGUGGCACCACCACGGAGGAGGAGAUGAGC